AUGAGUCUUUUCAUCAAACGCUACUUACCCAUCACUUUCUUCCUCCUCAUCCCUCUCUACUCCAUCUUGUCCCAUGCAGCCAGUUUCAACAUCCGAAACAACUGCCCCUACACCGUCUGGGCAGCAGCUGUGCCCGGCAGUGGCACACAGCUCAACCACGGCCAAACAUGGACGCUAAAUGUGAAGCCUGGAACUAAAUGGCUCGAAUUUGGGCCCGAACCAAUUGUGCCUUCAACAACUCAGGUCGUGGCCGGUGCCAAACCGGCAACUGCGGAGGACUCCUCCAAUGCCAAGUCUAUGGUUCACCCCCAAAACACCCUAGCCGAGUAUGCUCUAAACCAAUUUGGCAACAAGGACUUUUUCGACAUUUCACUUGUAGAUGGGUUCAAUGUUCCAAUGGAAUUUAGUCCCACGUCUAAUGGGUGCACCAGGGGGAUCAAAUGUGCUCAAGAUAUCAAAACGCAGUGCCCUAAUGAGUUGAAGGCUCCAGGUGGCUGCCACAACCCUUGCACUGUGUACAAAACUGACAAGUAUUGUUGCAAUUCUGGGAGAUGUGGGCCAAGAAAUUUAUCCAAGUUUUUUAAGGAUCGGUGUAGGGAUGCUUAUAGUUACCCUAAAGAUGAUCCAACUAGCACUUUUACUUGUCCUGGUGGGACUAAUUACAAGGUUGUGUUCUGCCCUUGA